CCAUAUUUUCUCUCCCUUUUCAGAUGGAAACAAAUUCCAACCUUUUCUUCCCUCUCCUUCGUCGCCGCCGCCACCACCACCUCCUCCUUCCAACUUGACUCCAUCUCCAUCUCCCUCUCUAUCUCUCUCUCUCUCUCUCUCUCUUUUCAUGGCCACACAACAAGAACAACAACCAUCCCUCCGCCGUUCCUUGUCAGAUUCCAAUCACCGCCGCCGACGCAACCGACGCCGCGCGACGAUUUCAACUACAUCGUCAAAAUCGUCAUGGAGUUCAAAGCUAGGCAAACUUCUGGCUCGUUUAGCCUUCUUGUCACGUGACUCAGACCUAACCGAAGAAAGCCUUGAAGCUCACAACAAACGAAUCAAUGACCUCGAUACCCUCGACAAAACCCCAAAAUCCAGCCCUUACUACCGUGGACUCACCGAUUCCUCUCUCGCCAUUAAUUACCAUCACGGCCCUCUCAAUUCCACCCCCUACCACGUAACCUACGCCACCUCAGCUGCCCCCUCCACCCAAUCCUCCAUCGUCUCCAAAUUCAAGGACUACAUGGCCCCAUGCCUCCGCAAACAACAACCACAAUCACCCCAAACUAGUCCACGCAAGGUGCCACGUCAACACCAGAGAAUCCAAACUGUUACAACGGCUACAACUGUUGUGACAAAAGCGACGUGGUUCUCUUCGGGGUCGACGUCAGCGUCAGCGACUUUCAAGGAGGAGAUGAGUAGUAGUGAUGAGAUGAUGACGAAGAAGAAGCUGUUGAGGGAGAGAUUAGUCGUACCGAACGGUGGCGGGCGUCGUGACAGCGGUGGCGGAAGUGGCAGCAGUGGAGGAGGAGUGGUGGUGGUGGAGGAGAUGGAAAAAGAGAGGUAUAGUUGGGGAGAUAGUUGUAGACCAAAAGUUUUGGAGGAUUUUAUAUGUAAUAAAAAAACGGCAAUUGAAUUGAAGGAAAUGGUAAAAGAAAAGGGAUGUGGACAUUACUAUAUAUUUGAAGGAGCACCUGGAGUUGGGAAGAGGACUAUGAUUCAAGCUAUGCUUCGUCAAGCUUUUGGAAAUCAAUCAAUGGAGAUCAAAGAAGUGGUCAAGGUUUUUGACUUGAAGAGUGAAAUGUUGGGAAGCAUAGAAGUAAAAGUGAAAGAAUCAUCUCAUUACGUGGAAGUCAAUAUGUCACAAACCAAAGGGUUUGAGAAACAAGUCAUCGUCCAGCUCAUGAAAGAAUCUCACUCCCCUUUGCCAUGUAAUCAUGCCAAUUGUCGAGGGAUAUUGUUGUGUGAAGCAGAUCAAUUAUCAAUUGAAACCCUAAUGUACAUAAAAUGGGCAAUGGAAAGGUACAAAGGUUGCAGCAAAAUCUUCUUCUGCUGUUCUGAUGCCUCUAAGCUUCUCCUUCUUAGCUCUCUCUGCACUCUCGUUCGUCUCUCCCCUCCGUCAAAACAAGAGAUUGUGGAAGUGUUGGAGUUCAUAGCAAAACAACAAGGAUUCGACUUGUCGAAGCGAUUGGCGGAGAGAAUUGCCGACAAUUCCAGGAACAAUCUUCGACAAGCCAUACGAUCCUUAGAGGCUUCCUGGAAAAAAAGUCAAUUGUUUGAUGAAGAUGAGAAUAAACUAUUGACGGGUUGGGAAGACGACAUUGCAGAUGUUGCUAAGAAGAUAGUCGAAGAGCAAAGCCCAAAACAGUUGUAUAUAGUUCGUGGAAAACUCAAAAAGCUUAUUGAAUAUGACGUAUCCCCCAAUUUCAUUUUUAGGACUUUAGUAGAUGAAUUAAAGAAGUUUUUGGAUGAAGAAUUACAACGUCGUGUUGAAGGUUUCUAUGCUGAUUAUAAUAAAUUGGAGGAAAAAGUAUUUGUUAGUGAAAAAGGCAGUGGGGAAGAGGCAGUUAUCAAAGGGCAGCAUGAUUCAAUUAGAAAGAAUGUUAACCAUUUCUUGAAGAUUGAAGAAUUCAUAGCCAAGUUCAUGAGCUGCUACAAGGGAGAAGCAAAUGCCAUGAAAAUAAAUAAAUAAAUAAUCUCAACAUUUGGAAGGUUGGUGAUUGGAAAAAAUUAAUAUCAGAUUAUUAUUGCUUAUAAAAUAUUAAUAUCAGAUUAUUAUUGCUUAUAUAUUUAU